UAUUCCCUCAUCUCCGCCCAACGAUCUCCCUCCACCAUUUCCAGCAGGCGAGGCAGCUAAAUCUGUCGUCGCCUGUUAAAACACCAUGAUCGUUGCGCCUCACUGAUUCCAAAAGUCUGACGUCGCCAUCCAUCUCUGUGUUCCAAACCACCGCGAUCAACGCCCCGACUGAGAAGCCAGCUGAAGACGAAGAGAGAGGGACAGUUCAAUCGGAGUCCAAUCUUUGGCCGAGAAAUCUUCAAUCAAGGUAAGGUUGAUCCAGUUUUUCGAUUCGAACCCAAUCCCUUUCGAAAUUUUUGGUUUGAGCACAAAAUCCUUUUCUUCAAAAUCGAAUCCCUUUUUGUAAUUUUAAUGUUUCUCAAUUUUCGAAAAGUGGAGAAUAUACAGGGAUUGAGAAUCGAUAAGUUCAAUUCAGCUUCUUAGAUUGAGAAUCGAAAACCGAACCCAAAAUAUGACUCAAUUUGCUUCUUGUUUCUUGGGUGCUUCUGGUGCAUCUUGGUUUCUCGAUGCUGGGCAUUUUAUUGCCUUCUGGUUCCGUAUGCAGAUGCCGAAGGGAAGAGACGACUGCGACGAGGCUCAACGACGGCGGUGGCGAUGCUCAAAUGCGGCGGUGGAGAAGUUUUGCACGGCGGCGACGAGGGCAGAAAAUCAAUUCGUGGGUUUUAAAGAGAAGAGGAGGAAUUAAAAAUUAAAAGCAAAAAAUAAUAAAAAGACCAAAUUUUAAUGUUAUCAUACAUGGAAGCUGACGUGUUUGAUGAGCUGGACCACCAUUAACAAAGAAUUAGAGGUAGCAGAAUUAAUGCUUAUAUUUCGCAAUGUUAAUUAACGUUUAGCUAAUAAUUAGCAUUACGAUAGUUUUGGCUAAUAUUAAGAAAUGAGGAAAAUGUUU